AUGGCUCCCCUGGCCUUGGUGGGGUUUGCACUCCUCCUGGGGACUCCCCCAUGCUCAGGGGCAGCCACCCCGACCCCCUCCCUGCCACCUCCCCCAGCCAACGACAGUGAUGCCAGCAGCAUGGGGGGCUGCCAGGGCUCCAACCGCUGCCAGCCAGGGGUCCUGCUGCCCGUUUGGGAGCCUGAUGACCCGUCGCUGGGGGACAAAGCAGCGCGGGCCGUGGUCUACUUUGUGGCCAUGGUCUACAUGUUCCUGGGUGUAUCCAUCAUUGCCGACCGCUUCAUGGCAUCCAUCGAGGUCAUCACGUCCAAGGAGAAAGAGAUCACUAUCACUAAGUCCAACGGCGAGACCAGCGUGGGCACCGUCCGCAUCUGGAAUGAGACUGUGUCCAACCUCACACUCAUGGCCCUGGGCUCCUCAGCCCCUGAGAUCCUGCUGUCUGUUAUUGAGGUCUGCGGCCACAACUUCCAGGCGGGCGAGCUGGGCCCGGGCACCAUCGUGGGCAGCGCUGCCUUCAACAUGUUUGUGGUCAUUGCCGUGUGCAUCUACGUCAUCCCGGCUGGUGAGAGCCGCAAGAUCAAGCACCUGAGAGUCUUCUUUGUCACCGCUUCUUGGAGUAUCUUCGCCUACGUCUGGCUUUAUCUCAUCCUUGCCGUCUUUUCCCCGGGUGUGGUCCAGGUGUGGGAGGCGCUGCUGACCCUCGUCUUCUUCCCGGUGUGCGUGGUGUUCGCCUGGAUGGCCGACAAGCGGCUGCUCUUCUACAAGUACGUGUACAAGCGCUACCGCACCGACCCGCGCAGCGGCAUCAUCAUCGGCGCCGAGGGCGACCCCCCCAAGAGCAUCGAGCUGGACGGCACGUUCUUGGGCGCCGAGGCGCCGGGCGAGGUGGGCGGCCUGGGCCCGGGGCCCGCCGAGGCCCGCGAGCUGGACGCCAGCCGCCGCGAGGUCAUCCAGAUCCUCAAGGACCUCAAGCAGAAGCACCCGGACAAGGACCUGGAGCAGCUGGUGGGCAUCGCCAACUACUACGCGCUGCUGCACCAGCAGAAGAGCCGCGCCUUCUACCGCAUCCAGGCCACGCGGCUAAUGACGGGCGCGGGCAACGUGCUGCGGCGACACGCGGUGGACGCUUCGCGCAGGGCCACCCUGGCCGAGGGCCCCGGCGAGGACGAGGACGACGGCGCCAGCCGCAUCUUCUUUGAGCCCAGCCUCUACCACUGCCUGGAGAACUGCGGCUCCGUGCUGCUGUCCGUCACCUGCCAAGGCGGCGAGGGCAACAGCACCUUCUACGUGGACUACCGCACGGAGGACGGCUCCGCCAAGGCCGGCUCCGACUAUGAGUACAGCGAGGGCACGCUGGUGUUCAAGCCGGGCGAGACACAGAAGGAGCUGCGUAUCGGCAUCAUCGACGACGACAUCUUCGAGGAGGACGAGCACUUCUUCGUGCGGCUGCUGAACCUACGCGUGGGCGACGCGCAGGGCAUGUUCGAGCCCGACGGCGGCGGGCGGCCCAAGGGGCGGCUGGUGGCGCCGCUGCUGGCCACCGUCACCAUCCUGGACGACGACCACGCGGGCAUCUUCUCCUUUCAGGACCGCCUGCUGCACGUGAGCGAGUGCAUGGGCACCGUGGACGUGCGCGUCGUGCGCAGCUCGGGCGCGCGCGGCACCGUGCGCCUCCCCUACCGCACAGUGGACGGGACGGCGCGCGGCGGCGGCGUGCACUACGAGGACGCGUGCGGCGAGCUCGAGUUCGGCGACGACGAGACCAUGAAAACUCUUCAGGUGAAGAUAGUUGAUGAUGAGGAAUAUGAGAAAAAGGAUAAUUUCUUCAUCGAGCUGGGCCAGCCUCAGUGGCUUAAGCGAGGGAUUUCAGCUCUGCUACUCAAUCAAGGGGACGGGGACAGGAAACUGACAGCUGAGGAGGAAGAGGCUCGGAGGAUAGCAGAAAUGGGCAAGCCAGUUCUUGGGGAAAACUGUCGACUGGAGGUCAUCAUUGAGGAGUCGUAUGAUUUUAAGAACACGGUGGAUAAACUCAUCAAGAAAACGAACUUGGCUUUGGUGAUUGGGACCCAUUCGUGGAGAGAGCAGUUUUUAGAGGCAAUUACGGUGAGCGCAGGGGACGAGGAGGAGGAGGAGGACGGGUCCCGGGAGGAGCGACUGCCGUCGUGCUUUGACUACGUCAUGCACUUCCUGACGGUGUUCUGGAAGGUUCUGUUCGCCUGCGUGCCCCCCACCGAGUACUGCCACGGCUGGGCCUGCUUCGGUGUCUGCAUCCUGGUCAUCGGGCUGCUCACCGCCCUCAUUGGGGACCUCGCCUCCCACUUCGGCUGCACCGUUGGCCUCAAGGACUCUGUCAACGCUGUCGUCUUCGUGGCCCUGGGCACCUCCAUCCCCGACACGUUCGCCAGCAAGGUGGCGGCGCUGCAGGACCAGUGCGCCGACGCAUCCAUCGGCAACGUGACGGGCUCCAACGCCGUGAACGUGUUCCUGGGCCUGGGCGUGGCCUGGUCGGUGGCCGCCGUGUACUGGGCGGUGCAGGGCCGCCCCUUCGAGGUGCGCACCGGCACGCUGGCUUUCUCCGUCACGCUCUUCACCGUCUUCGCCUUCGUGGGGAUCGCCGUGCUGCUGUACCGGCGCCGGCCGCACAUCGGCGGCGAGCUGGGCGGCCCGCGCGGCCCCAAGCUCGCCACCACCGCGCUCUUCCUGGGCCUCUGGUUCCUCUACAUCCUCUUCGCCAGCCUGGAGGCUUACUGCCACAUCCGGGGCUUCUAG